ACUGGAGCAAUCAAAGUCUCCUCGAUGGCCGCCCGGGGAUGCACGUUGUCUCUGUGGCUGUGGCUGUGGUCGCCCCUGCUGCUACCACUGCUGCUGGGGGCGCGAGCUGACGCAGCUCGAUGGAGUGGGGAGGGCACCACGCCGCAUCUGCAAAGCAUCUUCCUGGGCCGCUGCGCUGAGUACACCACACUGCUGAGCCUCCAGCCCGGUUCUGACUGGCACCUUUUGAACAAAAACUGCACAGCCAUCUGGGAAGCCUUCAAGGUGGUGCUAGACAAGGACCCCUGCUCUGUGCUUCCCUCAGACUACGACCUCUUCAUUAACCUCUCCAGGCACGCCAUUCCUAGAGACAAGUCGCUGUUCUGGGAGAAUAACCACCUACUCGUUAUGAGCUUCUCAGAGAACACCCGUCGCUUUAUGCCCCUAUGUGAUGUUCUGUAUGGCAAGGUUGGAGAUUUCUUGAGUUGGUGUAGACAGGAAAAUGCCUCUGGAUUUGAUUACCAGUCCUGCCCCACAUCAGAAGACUGUGAAAACAAUGCUGUGGACUCCUAUUGGAAAAGUGCAUCCAUGCAGUAUUCAAGAGACAGUUCUGGGGUGAUCAAUGUCAUGCUGAAUGGCUCAGAGCCCAAUGGAGCCUAUCCCGUGAGAGGGUUUUUUGCAGAUUUUGAAAUCCCAUACUUACAAAAGGAUAAAAUCACAAGAAUUGAGAUCUGGGUCAUGCAUGAAGUUGGGGGACCCAUUGUGGAAUCCUGUGGCGAAGGCAGUGUGAAAAAUCUGGAAGACAGACUGGAAGCCCUGGGGUUCCAGCACAGUUGUAUCGAUGACUACCGACCAGUGAAGUUCUUAAUGUGUGUGGACCACAGCACUCACCCGGACUGUGUCAUGAACUCAGCGUCAGCAUCUAUGCAGAGAGAGAGCCCAUCUCUUUAUACAACAGGGCAUGCCAGCCUGCUCAUCUCUCUCUUAGUAGCGCUGACUUGGAGUUCUCAAGUGUGACUAGAAAAUCACCACGCUGUUCUAAGAGAACCCAGUCUUGCAUCCACCCUUGGACUGUCCACCAUGUUCUAUGCAGACUAAGGGUGCCCAUUGUCUAAAGAUCCUCUUCCUUCUAGGAAAAUAGCGUAACCAGAUGGUAAUCCUAUUACACUCUAACUAGUCUUACUUGCCAGGCAGAAUUUGCUAUCACAAACAAUUAAAAAUAAUUGUUUCUUAUUUUGAUAACACUGGGACCCGGAGUGUCAAAUAAUCUCAUAUAAUUUUCUCAUAUAUUUUUGGAAGCAUCUGUAUUUUCUAUUUUCUGUAUAUUCCUGUUUCAGAGCUUCAGAUACAUGUACAGUAUAUAAAGGUAUACAUAUAUACACGCUAUGUAAAGAUGGCUACUUAUGAUAAGCACUGCGAGCUAAAGAUACAGAGUUCUGAAGAAGGCAAAGCUAUGGGGAAACAGAGGAAUGCAGUGGAUUCCAGGGCGAGUGGGAGGGGUGUAUGAGGAAUUGGGGUGAGGCUAAAUUAAAGGGGCAGUGCGAGGACCAAGGUGUCUUAUGGGAGCCUGCCCUUCUCAAAGCUCUUAGAGCUGUGGGAGCAAAUCUCACUGGAUGUAAAUUUAAAAUCUGUGUUUCUAGAGAACAUUUAAUCAAAUAAGAAAAUGUUAGUAAGUGUAAAAGAUGGGAUAUAAAACUACUCAUGAUAUGAUGCAAGUGUUAUGAAGUAUAAUGACUAUGAAUCCUAUCUUGAAUGUGUGUUUGUACAAUAUGCAUACUGUAAAUGAAUGAAAGAAAAUAACUCAAAGGGGCAGUGCAAUUGUCUCUGGAUAGUAACCUCACAGUGAUUUAGUUUUUGGCCUUUGGCUUCUUAAUAUUUUCUAUUUUUUAAAGUAUAUUAAUUUUAUAAUAACAAAAAAUUGAAACCCACACAUACACCACAUAUGUGCAGACAUUUUGUCUGACAAAUAAUAUUUCCAGAACACAAAAAAACCAAAACCAGAUAUAUUGUUGCAGAUACUUCUGUUCUCUACCUGUAGCAAGUAGGCACGAGUUCCUUGAUGCUGAUGCGGUUGUGGGGUGGGGUGGGUGGAGGGAGUGCAGUCAGGAGCUUCCCCAUACUGUCUCAGAGGAGCUAGUAAUCCCUGGAGGCCCAGGUAGCUGCUCUGGCAGUCAGUGCUAAGGUUCCAUGUGCCACCCUGCAUCGCUGAGUGCGUGAGGUCCUUUCUUGCUGAGGUCACUUGAUCCAGGUGAGACCCACAGUCAGUGCUGAUGCUUAAUUCCUGUGGCCUCUUGAGCAAACAUCCCCUGUAAACCUAGGAAACCAUGUACUUAAAGAUCACUGUGCUCAGCAGAGGUUCACAAUUCAGCCUUAUAACCAUGGAGGGUCAUUUCAGACCCUCCCUAGGCUCUCAUCCCCUUUCCCUCUUUCUCUUCCUCCUUGUUUCCCUCCCCCAUCUAUCUCCCUUUCUCCCCAUCUCUCUUCCCCCCUCCUGCCCCCACUGCGUGCGUGCAUGCGUGCGUGUGUGCAUGUGUGUGUGUGUGUGUGUGUGUGUGUGUGUGUAUGUUGUGUAAGUCAUAUAAUCACCUUCUAGCUUCCCCAGCCUUCUGUUUCUGACUCCUGGUUCCUCCUCAUUCUCUACCUAACUCUGUCCCUUUGGAAUCCACACACAAAUUUGCUCAGUCAGGGGUUUUCCCUCCAAUGUCAAGGUAUUUUAUCACAGCAAUUGAAAACUAAGACAGAUCAUGUAGAUGUGUAGAUGCAUACAUGUUCCCCCCCAUGAUAGGCUGUAUACUUACAUCAUGAUGCUAUGCCCUGACACCCUCCAAUGUUCUGAGCAGCAAUGAAUGUUAUUUCUUUAUGAAGUAGCUCCCAGAGCUGUGUUGUAGUAGUCAAAAGAUGGGUACCCCGACAGUCACCUAUCCUCAUCACUAUCGUCAUGACUCUAGCUGUCAUUUGCUGAGUUAUGCAACAUGCCUUUCAGCUUUUAUAUGCAACACACACACACACACACACACACACACACACACACACAGAGGCACUUGGGAGGCCCCCGGAUCCCUUCUUCUAUACUGGGACACUCUGGGGCUGAUGAGUCACCCCGAUAAAGGUGGGGAACGUGGUCAGGUUCAGGAAGGAGAAGAAAACAGACUGAGAAGAGAGGCAGUGUAGGGAACAAAGACCCGGCACAUGGUAGACGGUUCAUGUGGUAUAGUCACCAUCGCUUAUUGUAAAAUGCUUCCCAGAGAAGCCAUGCCAAGCUUGGUAUCUAUCACCUAAUUCACUUCCUUGCUACAGCCCAUGUUUGCCUUGCUUUCCCUUCUGUGUCUUUGAACAUGCUUCUCUCUCUGCAUUGAUCUUCCUUCCUGCUCUGUCAUCUACCUGGUGGAUAUUAUGUAUGCCCUGCUUACACAUUAGACACCACUGAGGACUACUGGGCCUCAGACAAAAGAGGAGAAAAGGGCUCAACUUACUUUGGGGCCAACCAGCUCCUUGGAUGUAGCAGCCAAGGGGUGUCUCUUAAGCUGGCUUGGAGAACACUGUCCUCAAUCCUUCAGGUUGCCUGGGUUACAGGGGGCCUUGCAAGUCUCCUGCAGCACACUAACCUGGGACUUAGUUAGAUGCUGCUCUUUGGAAUUCUGUGGAAAAGGGAAACCUCUUCUUUUUCUAAAAAUAAAAGUGUUUCUCUUUUUCUGAGUAUCCAUUUCACUGUCCACUUGAAAAAAAUCCACUAUAGAAAAAUUGAGAAAAAGACAAUAAACAAAUAUUUUCUGCUAACUUA